AUGGCCACGGAUGAAGAUGGGCUUGAACCACGGCCACAGGCGCCAAACUCGUUUCUUGAUGCUCUGACAGGAACUGGUGCUACACACGUGGACGGUGACCAAAUUGUAGUGGAAGUACAAGAAACUGUUUUUGUGUCCGAUGUUGUGGAUUCAGACAUAACUGUGCAUAACUUUGUUCCUGAUGACCAAGAGGUGGGCAUAAUCCAAGAUGUUAUUGAGGACAUUGUUAUAGAAGAUGUUCAGUGCCCAGAUAUGGAAGAAACAGAUGUGUCUGAGAUGGUCAUCAUUCCUGAACAAGUGCUAGACUCAAAUGUCACCAGAGGAAUUUCUUUAACACAUUGUACAGUUCCGGAUGAUGUUUUAGCUCCUCAUAUUACAUCUGCUUCAAUGUCUAUGGCAGAACAUGUCUUGACAAGUGAAUCUUGUCAAAUACACAAGUCUGACAUCGGUCAUAUCUGCGUUGGACAUGUUCAUGAGAAUGUAGUAGAAGCCGAAAUUGUCACUGACCCUUUGACCACCAAUGUCAUUUCAGAAGAAGUGUUGGUAGCAGACUGUGUCCCCGAGGCAGGCAUAAAUGCCAACGGGAUCCCUGUGGGCCACCAAGAUGAUGACAGAAAUAAUGGUGAGGACUACCUUAUGAUUUCCUCAGAUGAUGCUGGUAAAAUAGAACCUGGUGUCUCAUCUGUGAUGACCAUGAAUGCAGAGUCAGAAAUAGAUCCUUGUAAAGUGGAUGGCACUUUCCCUGAAGUCAUCAAAGUGUUCAUUUUUAAAGGUGGCCCUGGAGAAGAUUACUUAGGUGGAACUGUAGAUGUUGUGGAGAGCGAGCCUGAGAAUGAGCAUGGAGUUGAGCUACUUGAUCAGAACACUCGUGUUCCCAGGGAAAAGAUGGUUUAUAUGACUGUCAAUGACUCUCAACAAGAUGAGGAUUUAAAUGUGGCUAAAAUCACUGAUGAGGUUUAUAUGGAAGUGAUCGUGGGUGAGGAGGAGACUGCAGCUGCUGCACGUGAACAGCAAAUGGAUGACAGCGAAAUAACCUUCAUGCCGAUCGCAUGGGCAGCUGCUUAUGGUAGUAAUUCUGAUGGAAUUGAAAAUGGGAAUGGCACCGCAAUUGCCCUCUUUCACAUAGAUGAGUCUUCUGGCUUUGGCAGACUGGCUAAACAAAAACCAAGGAAAAGGAGAAGGCCUGAUUCUAGGCAGUACCAAACAGCAAUAAUUAUUGGUCCUGAUGGACAUCCUCUGACUGUCUAUCCUUGCAUGCUUUGUGGCAAGAAGUUUAAAUCAAGAGGUUUCUUGAAAAGGCACAUGAAAAACCACCCUGAACACCUCGCCAGGAAGAAGUACUGCUGUACUGACUGUGAUUAUGCUACCAACAAGAAGAUAAGUUUACACAAUCACCUGGAGAGCCACAAACUGACCGGCAAGGCGGAAAAGGUCAUUGAAUGUGAUGAGUGUGGGGAACAUUUCUCUCACACUCUGGCUUUGUUUACUCACAAAAUGGUGCAUAAGAAAAAAGAAACCAAUAUAAUGCACAAGUGUAAAUUCUGUGAAUAUGAGACAGCUGAACAAGGGUUAUUGAAUCGCCACCUUUUGGCAGUCCACAACAAGAACUUUCCUCAUGUUUGUGUAGAGUGUGGUAAAGGUUUCCGUCACCCAUCAGAGCUCAGAAAACACAUGCGAAUCCAUACUGGGGAGAAGCCGUAUGAAUGCCAGUACUGCGAAUAUAGGUCUGCGGAUUCCUCUAACCUGAAAACACAUGUAAAAACAAAGCAUAGUAAAGACAUGCCGAUCAAAUGUGACAUUUGUCUUCUGACUUUCUCAGAUACCAAUGAGGUGCAACAACAUGCUUUUAUCCACCAGGAAAGCAAAACACAUCAGUGUUUGCAUUGCGACCACAAGAGUUCAAACUCGAGUGACUUGAAGCGACACAUAAUUUCAGUUCACACGAAAGACUACCCCCACAAGUGUGACAUGUGUGAUAAAGGCUUUCACCGGCCUUCAGAACUUAAGAAACAUGUGGCUGCCCACAAGGGUAAAAAAAUGCACCACUGUAGACACUGUGACUUUAAGAUUGCAGAUCCUUUUGUGCUAAGUCGCCAUAUUCUCUCAGUUCACACAAAAGACCUUCCAUUUAGGUGUAAAAGAUGUAUAAAGGGAUUUCGACAGCAGAAUGAGCUUAAAAAGCAUAUGAAGACACACAGUGGCCGGAAAGUGUACCAGUGUGAGUACUGUGAGUAUAGCACUACGGAUGCCUCAGGCUUUAAGCGGCACGUUAUCUCCAUUCAUACGAAAGACUAUCCUCACCGCUGUGAGUACUGCAAGAAAGGGUUCCGAAGGCCUUCAGAGAAGAACCAGCACAUAAUGCGCCAUCAUAAAGAAACUGGUCUGCCCUAA